AUGGCAAGAGCGUCAGAUGGCCAAAUGGUUGCUAUAAUCGGCGGCGUUGUAAGUGCCUAUUUAGCCGUCGAAGAAAUCCUAACAGUUCAUUUCACGCCACCUUGCUACCUCCGAGCAGUGCUGCCCCAGACAUCGCAUCAUGACGUCUUCCACGGUGAAAAAAUCAACUGCUGUGGUGUUGGACAGAACAUCUACGUCGGCGGCAAUGCUACCGAGAUGUGCCGAACACCAGAAGAUAUUCUUAUGUAA